AUGAUCGAAGUCAGAGUUCAACCAGCAACGCGGUCAUUCCUUGAGUUUAUUUACGUACGCGACUCACUUGAACCCCAACCACCACCUAGAAUGCUUUUUCCCCUUACCAGAUGCACACGUGCUUGGCCCAUUUCAUCGACUUGCUUAUAUAUUGCUCGUCCCUGUCGUCAUCAAUUUCGGUCCUCCUUCCGUUUUUCCACCAUGUCUCGCGACACUUCUCACCAGAGCGACAUUUCCAAGAUGAAGAGUGAGAAAGACGGGACCUUCAAUCGUCUCGCAUCAGUAUUCCGCGAUUUCAUCGAGCCAGGAGGCAAAUUUGCACCAGAGAAAGGUCGAUACCACCUCUAUGUAUCAUACGCAUGCCCCUGGGCGACCCGGACUUUGAUUGUGCGUAAGCUCAAGGGUUUGGAGGAUUUCAUUCCUGUUACUGUUGUCAGUCCUCGCAUGGGCAACGAUGGCUGGCCUUUUGCAACUGCCGACGCGUACCCUGGCGCUGAUGCUGACCCACUCUUCAAAUCCGCCCAUGUCCGAGACCUUUAUCUCCGCGCCGACCCCAACUACGAGCGUCGCUUCACCGUGCCACUCAUCUGGGACACCGUCCACAACACGAUCGUGAAUAACGAGUCGUCCGAGAUAAUUCGCAUGUUCAACACCGCGUUCAACGAGCUGUUGCCGGAAGACAAAGCCAAAAUUGACUUGUACCCAGAGGCGAAUAAGGCUGAAAUCGACGCGGUGAACGAGUGGGUCUACCCAGAGAUAAACAAUGGCGUAUAUCGUGCUGGCUUCGCCACUACUCAAGAGGCGUAUGAGACAGCCGUGAAAAUUGUCUUCGGAGCUCUCGAUAAAGCGGAGAAGUUGCUUACUGGGAAAGAUUACCUCGUCGGCGGGCAGCUCAGCGAGGCUGACGUGCGUCUAUGGGUCACAAUUAUCCGCUUCGACCCUGUCUACGUUGGCCAUUUCAAGUGCAACUUCACCACUAUUCGGGACGGCUACCCAGAGAUUAACAGAUGGAUGAAAGCUUUGUACUGGAAGAACUCUGCGUUCAAGGAUUCGACGGACUUUGACCACAUCAAGACCCACUAUUAUUGGUCGCAUCCCCAGAUCAAUGGCACUCGCAUCGUGCCUUAUGGCCCCAUUCCGAACAUCCAGCCACUGUAG